ACCUUGUAUGCAGGCAGCAGCUUCUUUGUGCCAUUCCUUGUUCAAGAACACCACCAUUUUAUUCUCCAACAUGAUUGGGCCAACUGAGCAGGUUGCUUUGUAUGACCACCCCAUUCUCUACAUUGCCCCAAGCAUCUAUGGUCAACCAUAUGCACUGACUAUUCAUUACCAGAGUUACAUGAACAUUGUUAAGCUAAUCUUAGCAAUAGAUGAAGCACAGUUUCCAGAUGUCGAUGGUCUUUUAGAGGAUUUUGUCGAGUCUCUGAGGCUAAUUCGAGAGGCAGCUUUAGGAAAACCACGUAUUGUAGAAGAGUGUUCCCAGGAAGAACAUGGACAUGGAGAGGCAUGAAUGCAUGACUACAUAAAGUGUCCAAAGGUCCUGAGCCUUAUUUUAUUAAUAAAAGUAGUGUUUAUGGAGAUAAUCUCA